UAAAAAUGUUACCUACAGAAUCAAUCAUAUGAGGGGAGGCUUAAGCCCGUUAGCCCCUCUCCUUAAGUACGUCCUUACUGUGAAAAUGGAAUUUUCAUAAUCUGUGAUCGGACAAUCUACGAAACAAAAUGAAUUGUUCAAGAAAAAAACCUAAUUUGCGAAUAUAGUACGAUACGUAUUGCCUUAUCGGCGAGACCGUCGUAUCAUAUUGCCGACAAUCGUUAUCAAACGAUCGUUAGUUUUAAAAUGAUAACAGUCGUCUCCUAGCUUAAUAGCAAUUAUUAUGGUUUUUCUAUUUUUUCCCUUAAAUGUAAUAUGAAAUACAACGUUUGAUCCGUAUAAACUCUGUUGUUGAUUUCAUAAAUUAUUUUGGACUUUUGUGAUAAACAUGUCUACAACGCGAUGCAAAUUCUAUUUGCAAGGAAAUUGUUACUAUGGCUCGUCCUGUCGGUUCUUGCAUGAUCAACCACAGCGUUCAAACCAUGUAAACGCAUCAAGGAGUAAUAGGAAUGCGAGCAAAAAUUAUUUUGAGUCUAAUAAUCCUAGUAGAGAUUAUGAUGAUUAUGAGUAUGAACAAAAUAGCUAUGAAUCUGGAAGUAAAAAUACCAACUACAAUUAUAAAAAAGAUUAUAACAACAGGGAUGAUUAUUAUAAUAAAAGAAAUGAUGAUUAUCAUAAUCAAAGAAAUGUUGGUUAUUUUAAUCAAAAAAAUGAUCACAAAGAAUAUUACGAUUCCAGUAAUCAUUAUGGAAAUCAAGCUCAAAGACAGCACAGUGUAAAUAUUUACAAAGAAGACAACAGUGGGAAUAGAAAUUAUAAUUAUGAUACAAACAAAGCUCAUGCCAGUUCAAAUCGUAAUACAAAUUCAGAUAGUCAAAACCAUGGGGCCCAUCAUUCAAACGAUACAGAUAAAAUGUUAAAGUAUUAUGAAAAUGAAAUUAAGACUUACCAAAAUCAUGUAAGACAAAUGUCAAUGAGCAAUAUUUGGCCAUUCACGUGUUUCCACCCUAUUGGACAUGAAUUUCCUAUUCAACCAAUUAAAAGUUUAAACCUGAUUGAUGUAUCAUUUGAAGAAAUUAGAUGUGAUUAUUACUUGAGUAAAGAUAUUAGUGCCACUUCUGGUUUGCUUCAUAAACAGACAUUUGAUGAAUUACUUUUAAAAGCGCAAAAGCAGAAAGAAGAUAUUAUUACAUUAAAGAAGCAUGUACAACAAGAUUUUAUAUUAACAUUUUUAAAAUGUGAAAAUUCAAAAAACUCUCACAAUUUUAAAAACUCUAUAGAAAUGGACCAAAACAGUUACUGGGAUAUGACUAUUAGAUCUUUAAAACAACCCGAGAGUAAAAAAUCUGAUUUGGAGUCAUUUAGUUUUGUUGCCAAAAAAAAGGAUAAAAAUACUGAGAAUGAUUUACAAUUGAAAAUACUUAUGCAAACCGAAAUAUAUGGUAAAAUAGACAAUGAUGCAUUUGCUCAAGAUCAGUUUACUGAUUUCAUACCUAUUAUGCCUCCACCUAAGAAGUAUUGUGGAUAAUUUUAAAUAAUAAAUUAUAUUAAAUUAAGAAUAAUUAAAUAAAAUUAAAAAUUGUAAAUGAAUUAAUAAAAAUAUACAAAGUAUAGCUUAAAAUAAAAUCUUUUUUUUUUUUUACGGGAAUUCAAAAACAAUAUCUUAAAUUCCUAGCAAUAGUCUCAUCUGUUUUUAUAUUAUUUUGUAUUAAAUAUUUUUUUCACAAUAUAAAUUUCUUUGAAUAAUUUUUAAAAA